UACCAACGCACACAAAUAUAAAUACGCAUUCGAGCUGUCAGGUAUGAAUCUGUCAGCUCAACUUCCCGUAAAUUUGAUGUUCUUACGGGAAUUGAAGAUAUAGACUGGUCAAAGUUAGCGACGCACUUGAAACUAGAGAAUGUACUUAUUACAAAUGGAAUCGACCGUAUCGUUUAGGGGGUUUCCCGCAUUUUUACUUGACGUAGAAAGGUGGAUGCAAUGCACUGGCCCAGUUUCCAUGGCGACGUCUACACGAACAUUAAUUAGCCAAGUAGCAGAGGUAUAAGCGUUGAGUUGCCUGCGAGUUCUGAAAUGUCGGAGCAUCAGAGCACUACAUUCAAUCACUCUUGCAUAAAGAUGCCGGUAGAUCCAUUUAGUAGGCAGCCAACUCCGUUGUACGAACGUCCUAAGGUCCUGAAGAGUAAACAUUACACAUCCGCAGACAAAAGUUGUAAAAUAAACUUCAUCAAUCGAAGCAACGAGGACGCGUCGUCCGUAUCGUUUCCUCGAGGGAAUUUUGAGAGUUUUAUGGACUUCUUAGAAAGCAUACCUGAUUACGGAGACGUCAAUCAUUUGACUAAUGAGCAAUUCAAGCAGAAAUUGGAUUAUUUGAAACGGAAACAACGCACGCUACUCAAGAAUCUGAAGAAUUGUCUUGAAGAAAACAAUGGAAAAAUUGUGGGUUAUCCCAAGACUGUUUCAGACUUGGAAUGUAAGAAGAUCAGACACUGGUGCACGGACUACAACAAUUUGAGUUUGCAGGGGAUGAAAUGCAGUUUUGAAGAAUCAAGAACCGAGAGUCCAUUACCAUUUUCAUCUGGGAAGUUUGCCGGGCUCGCUGAAGAUCAAGACCUUUUGACUUAUCGCUGUAAAGAUAAAGAUGCAAAGACUUUGCGCAACAGGGAAAUUCACUCAGCGACCAAAAGCUGGAGCACUUGGAGUCAAUCGAAAAGUAGAGAAAGCGUAGAGAGUGACGCAGGGGAUAGUAUGGAAACAAAAAGCCUUCCUCCAGAUAGUCCAAAAAAGUGGCACCCGACUGUACCCAAGCCUUUCAAUUUCACCAUCAGAGAGGAAGCAGAAAAAUACAUGUCGGCGGUUGAACUGCAGGCUGAGGAGAGAGAAACAAAGAAUGUAGCUGGAAAACGGAAUCCUCUGACCAAGCGUCAUGCCAGGCCUGUUCCUCUAACUUCAAAACUUCCGAUGUACGAAAAGUUACUCGCUGAGAAAGAAGAAAGAAGUCGAAUGGUACGGGAAGAAAGUGCCUGGAGUCUCAUGUCUCAGAUCCGGCCAUUCAGAUUGGAAUGCGCUCGGAGAGCUCUCACUCGCUCAAGUCCGCAAUUAUGUCGGAAUAACUCCUUGACCAAUGGUUCACGUUUGGCUCAGAGAUUUCGCGCAAGGCCUGUGCCGAGAAAUUUAUUCAGUACCAAUGUUUACGACCGAAUGAUAGAAGAUGAUCUUUACAGGUCUUUGAGGAAGAAAGUUCGGGCUUCAGAGUUGUUAAAAUCAUCUUCGUUGCCUCCGUCGAUGGCUGCUCGGGAGCAGAUGAAAUCUGUAAAUAAGGAUUUUGUUAGUCUAUCACGGGAGUUGGGGAUUGAACGAGUAUGCGAAGGAAGGGAAUCUACCGGAGCCAGUGUUACACCUUUGCCUUCUGAGAGGUCUAGAUCAGCCAUGACUAGCACCAGCUUAUCCACGAAGGGUAUCAACCUAGCAGCAGUGUUGAGAUGUCAAGCUUCCAGAGAGAAAAUGGAACGUGAAAUUCAAGAACGGAUGGAAGAAAGACGUCGAGAACAAUUUUUAAAGAGCAAAGAGUUCAUCGUGAGGCGCCGGCCUGCCUGGCGAGCCUUGAGAGCUGCUACAAGGCAUGAACAUGAAAGAGAUUUGGCUUUGAGGGCUUCUCUGCGCCGGGAUGAGGCACGAGAACUAGCCGAACGCCAUCGUCUUCACAUGGAAAUGAUGCUUGGUCGAGUUACACAAAUCCCAACUUUGUUUGAACGACACUCGCAGAUGGAGGAAUACUUUCAGAAUUUUCAAACAUCACUGCUUCGCCGAGCAACAGCUGGUACCAGUAACAAGACUACGAAAAAAAGAGCCAAACGACCUAACUCAGGAAGCGUCGAAUCUUAUUCCAGCAGUAGGAGUAGUUCAAGACCAAAUUCCGGUUCAGUCGCCAGCUCAGGAACAUCGGUAUCCAGCAGCGAUUCCUCAAAAUCGUCGGAUUCAAGGAAAUCUGUGAAAUUAUCCGGGUUGUCAAAGAAAAAAGGUGACAGGGGUCCUUUGAAGGUUUCUAUAAACGAAACGGCGCAACUUAUUGAGGAUAACGAUGACAAGUAUGAGAGGUAUUCGAGCGAUUCAACUCCAAGCGACGAGAAUAACGCGUGCGCGUCAGAAAGUGAAGACAAUCAUAGCGUCGAGCGUUUCAAGACUAAAUAGACCUAGAUAUAUACAAAAGUUUGAGAGUAUAUUCUCUACAGGCUAAGUAAACGUAUAGGUAUAAUCACUAUGAAUAAUGGAGGAGCACUAUGGCUCAGGCGGUGUUCAAUUUGUGUACGGACAAUGCGUCCCGUUCAAACUGCGCGGGUGAGUCAAUUGCUGAAAAGGGUUCUGUGCAAUUUAGUUUAGCGUGGAUAUAGAACAUAUUCGAGCCCUGCCAAAAUAUUGAAUAUCGUAGUCAUUCAUCAAGAUAUUUUACAAACUUUUUCACGCCGGUUGUUGACGACACCGUCGGGGGACGCGCCCCCCCUGGAGCAUAAUACAUUCAUACAGCAGCAUUGCUGCUGUCUAAUUCCGGCAAUCAUACUACUUAUUUAACUACUACACUCGCCAACACCGGUAAUAUGCUUUUACGCUUUUGAAAGCACUACCGUUACACUUUAGUGCAAUUUUAACAAACAUUUCAAUCACACACUUAUUAUAGGUAUAAUACAUCUGUUGCAACAGUGUCUCAACAACCGUAAAAGAACCAAGUGUCCUUGUUGACAAAAUCUUAUCAAAUCUUGUAAUCUCUUCAAUCGAAUAAAUUAUACA